CACGUUCCCUCCGAUAAGCCGCCAGAACAUUUUGCUUUCCAUAUAAAAUCGGACCGCAGCCUUCAAACAGCCAACAUUCAAUCGAAAACUGUAGGUCAAGCAACGGCAACCAUGAACGGUAUGAAGUGUGCUUUUCUGAUCCUGGCAGUGAUCGCCAGCGUUGCUUGGGCCGGACCAACUACCACAGCCCGUCCGGAUACCGCUGAUGCACCCAAACCGGCCAAGGAUAGCUCCCCGGAAGUUCCGGCCGUAGUGAAGGAAACUUCCCAGUCUGCCGCCAAUGCUACCGUCGUUGGAAAAGCUCUGGAAGCACCGAAGAAUCAGACCAGUGAACCCGCCCCAGCUGCCAAGGACGCCAAAGACAAGAAAGAUCAGCCGCCAGUUGAUCUUUCGGCAGAAUCGGUGGAGGUGAAACCUCCUAGCAAAGCCCCCGAACCAUCCAACCUGCAAGUCGACGAACUGGUCGGAGCUCCGUUCUCGAUUGAAUUCGAUGACAUGCAGGGCGAUCAGCCAGCCUCAGUUGAAUCUGCAGAGCUGGUUCCCGCACCAGUGGCCGGAGUUGUCUCCGCAGUAGAUGCUAAGGAUCAAUCGGCACUGCCUGUGGUGGUUGUGGAUGACAAGCAGGCCAGUUCGGGAGCUAAGGCCGAUUCCGGACGGGAUGCGUGGGGCUCGCUGAUCGAUGGAAUCAUCGGUCAACUUCAGGACCUGAAGAGGAAGACCCGAGCCAUCGAGGAGCUGGCUCACAGGAAGUGAAUGCGGUUUGCUUCGGUGUGAUUUGUAGUUUAUCGAUUGAAUUUAUCUUUUGUUAAUAAAAGUAGGAGAAUAUUCUUAACAAAAGGUAACACUAGGGUUCUCAAUCAUUCAUUGUAUAUUAUCUCAGAAUUCUACCCUAAGGUGAAAUUACACAUUAAAAUUAAAACUAUGAUUGUUUU